GCCACAAGAACACAAUAUGAGAAUUCCAUUCUUUCUCAUCACAAUCCUCCUUCUCUCUCUCCAAUUCAAUGCUUCCCCAGUUGGUGGAAGCAAGAAGGUGACGAACAUCCGCUUCUACCUCCACAACACCCAUAAGGUGAAUGAUCCAUCCUCGGUCCUUGUCGCACAAAACACCAAUGCCACAGCCCACGCCCGUGGCUUAGUGCCCUUUAGCUCCGUCUACGUGUUUGACGACGUGCUCACAAAGGGGGCCACAAGUAGAUCUAAGGUGGAUGGGAAUGCACAGGGCAUGUACGUUGAAACGGGGAAAGACGGGUACACGAUAUUGUUAACUAUUGACUGUGAGAUGACAGAUGGUCCAUUCAAAGGCAGCUCGUUCGUGAUGUUCUCAAGAAAUGAAUUCAGAAAGCCAAUCAGGGAGGUCCCCGUUAUUGGAGGUCGUGGUGCAUUCCGAAUGGCCAAAGGGUACGGCUUGCUCAAGACCGUUUGUGUUGACUGUAUCAACUCGGUGAAACCGUCCAAGGGAGAUAUCAUCGAGUAUAAUGUGACUCUCUACCUCCAUUGAGUUUAUAUAUGAUUGUUAUGCGUUUCUUAUAGUUCAUAAUAACAUUAAUGGAUGAUUGAGUUUCUUGGUUAUUAUGCUUUGUCAAAUUAUCA